AUGACUAGUACCACCUUGGACCCCAUCCGUGAAUAUGGCUUCACGGCCGUUCCGUCGGCUGCGGAAAAGGUUGUGGACCCGGCCUUCCAACUGCAUGGCCCGCCUCCUGUCGCCCCCGUAUCGAUGACCCCAGUGCCCAAUACUCCCGUCGCCCGUCGGAUUCAGGCCUACGCGCGAGAGCAUCUCCCGGCCCCAACGUUCAAUCACAGCAUGCGCGUCUACCACUACGGGCUAGCGAUGAAAUACUACUAUUUCCGGGAUUGGAAGUUUUCGGACGAAACCUACCUCCUUGCCUGUAUGUUGCACGAUAUCGGCGCCACACAACAGAAUCUUCGCGCCACCCACCUCAGCUUCGAGUUUUACGGCGGUUUGUUAGCUCUAGAUGUACUGCAGCGUCCUGUCGACGAGCACGGCAGCCCCAACGGGGAUCCCCAGUCCGUCUCCCCCAAAGCGCAGGCCGAAGGUGUUGCCGAAGCCGUCAUUCGCCAUCAAGAUCUCUGCAAGGUGGGAUCCAUUACAGCCCUAGGACAGUUGAUCCAGUUGGCCACCAUCCUCGAUAAUACAGGUGUACAUUCGCAGUUGGUGCACCCGGACACCGCGCGUGAUGUCAUCCAGCAUUAUCCGCGGCUGCAGUGGAGCGACUGUUUUGCCAACACGGUGCGCGAAGAGAAUCGGCGCAAGCCCUGGGCACACACCACCACCCUUGGCGAGGAGGAUUUCCCGGACAGCAUUUUGGGCAAUGCCCAUGCCGCACCAUACGAACAAAAUGAAAAAGACAAUCACGACGCGGGGAGGAUUGCAGGCUGGAGAGAAGUGAAGGUGAAGGCAGCAAGGACGACGUACUUGACCCGCAUCGCCAAGACCCUCAUCACGAGUCUCCAGCCUUCGCGCCUGGACUACCGACCUAUUCACCGAUCGGCCAUCCAGUUUAUAAAUAUGGCCCUCACCAUGGCUAUCACCGAGCUUGCCCUCCUGCGUCUCAAGACACCCAAAGACCCCACAGUCUGGCCUGCACUGCGAUCCGCCAUCCAGGCACAAGCCACGUACUCCACCUUUCCCGUCUAUCUUCUAACCCAGAUUGAAGACCCGUCGUAUGUCUACCUGCUAGGUGGAUGGGAGUCGACCGCGACACACCUCAACGACUGGAUUCCGGGCGAGACGAAUCAACGGCUGAUGGCCGCACUGCAGGAUCAUAUUGAAGUAGACUGGAUGAUCCACAUCGACAUCGACCCUCGCCAAUUUGGAGGGAAUGUCCUCACGAGCUCAAGGGCGCAGGAGAGAAUCCUACUGGACGCGCCGGUGAUGGCGAUCGGCCGGUAUUUCCUGGCGACGGGACGACGGGACGCAUUUCUACGGACGUUUUACGCAACCAAGGGCAAUCUUCAGGCCUCUAUUGCGCCGCGGACGCUGCAGGGAGGGCUGCGACUGGAACCGAGGGACACGACGGUGGACGGAGAGGAGAAGCAGGAGUUUGUGUUGUUCAGCGAGUGGGAUGACGUGCCGGCGGAUUCGGCGGGAUUCGAGGGACUAGGGCGGGCGCAGGAGGCAUUGGCGGGGACAGAGAUCAAGCACGCGAGGAUCUGGGAGAGGACGGAUCAGUAG